AUGCCCUUCGUGCUGAAUUCAAUUCAAGAGGCAAAGACGGUACGGGAGAAGACGAUCCAGGCGAAGGGCGCAAGGACGCAACAUACAUGCAGUCGGCGGACAGCAGCCUCCUUCCCUGCGCUCGAUAAUCGUGACGCUCGCGGACUGAACAGGAAUCCGGUCCAGCUGGCCUUGUGGACUCUCGCCGCCCAGGGCUGCAUUACCAGAGCCGUUAGAUUGGCGGCUCGCUUUGACCUCCUCGCGCGUUUACUCAGGCAUAAACUUAGAGCAGCAUGGAUGACAAAUAAAGCAGAUACACGAGCGGCGAGGGACACGACGCCGAGACCAAAAGCCCAAUGCAGGCUUGAACCAAUCAAUGCCCUGGAUAAGCGUAAUGUUGUCUUCUUGUGGAACAUGCCUAGCGACGACGCGUUGGGAUAUACGGAGAUGUUCACAUCAGCGAACAUAUCGAGAGAACAACAGUACGGACAGGCCGUCAGGUUGUCCUCGCUGGAGGGUCCUAGCGUCGCGAGCACUUUCAGACCGAAGCUGACGGCGGCCUGGGCCAUGCCGUCGAGAACAUUGACUCCGUUCGCAAUCUGA